UGGGGGGGGUGUUUCCGUGCCGCACCGGGGGGGCCUCGCUCGGGGCACCGCGCUCCAUCCCGGGGGGGCUCCGUGCCCUGGGGGGGCGCUCCCCCCCCCUUCAUGCGCCGCGCAGCGCCCGCUCCGCGCGUUGAGCGCCCCCUGGCGGCCGGAACUCCGCAGCGCCGAUCCUCCCGCACCGCCGGCCGCUAGGGGGCGCUAGCAGCACGCGGCGCUCUGCACAACGCUCGCUGCUCCAGGGACAGCCGAUAGGAAAUGGAGGCGCGGCGCCCCGCCCCUUCCGCUUCGCGGGCGGUGGGGACUGCGUUUCCCAGGGGGCACCGCGCGGGCGAAGGGGGCGGGGCUUGGAGUCACGUGUGUCGCGGUCGCGUCGGACCGCGGCCUCGGGAGCGGGGCUGUGGGUUCUGGCUUAACCCGCGUUGCGGGCACCGGAGCGGGCUGGCUGUGCCCCGGGGCUCUGCGAGGAGCCCGGUGAGCCCCCGCCGGAGCCGCUGGCACCGCACGUCUGAGGGUCCCGAGCUGCGGUCCCCGGCGGUGAGGAGGAGGAGGAGGGGGAGGGGAGCGGCCUUUCCUUGCCCCGUGGGUCUGUCUCAGAGCCCUCCUGGGGCUGUCUGUCCAUCUGUGCGUCUAUUCCUGCGGCUCCGUUGGAAUAAAAGCGGUUUGUGAGACACACUCCAGUGCUGGGGGGUCCUUACUGCCUCUCCCGCUGCCCUUGGGAGGUGCAGCUGCCACCUCCCCCCCCCCCCAGCCGUGUUUGCUCAUGGAAUGGGCCCCGGCGCUGCGCUCGGGCUGGACAUAGUGCUGACGUCCGUUCUGUGGCUCAUACACGUCCCAGGGGAUGGCACCGCCAGGGAUGUCUCCCCCCGGUCACCAUAGCGCUCGGGCUGGGGGGAGGACACCCUGUAGACAGACUAGGGGCAGGGAGGGAGACCCCCACAGACAGGCUAUGCCUCCCUGCCUGCGUCAGUGGGUGUUUGCCCACCACCCACGGGCUGUGGGGGGGGGGGGAUAAAGGCAGCUGAGCCCAGCAGCGGGGGGGAUGCUCGCUGCAGCGGGAGCAUGGGCACUGCGUGGCUCUGCCUGCUCUGCGCAGCCAGCGCCGGCCUUGUCCCACUGGGCACUGGGGGGGAACCAGGGCUGUGGGCAGCCCCACGUCGCGAGGAGCCGGAGCUGCUGCUGCCCCGCGGGGCCGAUGCCAGAGGUGCCGGUGUCGAGGCGCUGCAGGAGGUGCUGGAGAAGCUGCGGAGCCGUGAGCUGCCACCGGCGGCCAAGAAGCCGGGCAGGGUCCCCCUGUGCCAUCUCGGAGAGCCCUGCGCCGUGCGGGUGGGGGCUCGCUUUGGGAAGCGCUGCAGCUGCCCCCCCAGCACCACCUGCAACCUCUACAUCCUCCAGUGCUCCUAAGGGCUGGGGACGUCGGGGACACCAGGGAUGCUGCCGUCUGCUGGGAUGCUGUUGGCUCUGGCUGUGCCCUGUGCUACGGAGGGGAGGAGCAUGGGCCCCAGCCCCCUCCCCACACGGCGAUGCAUUCCUCUCCCCUGAUCUGAGUACCUACACAAACCCCUGGGGGCUGCAUUAAACCACUUGGACCUAUG